AUGAGGGACUCGGCCAUGUUCGAGGGUCCUGAAGGAGCGAAACGGAUGUCCACGGUAAGUCUUCUUUUCUUUUUACCCAUGUAAAAUACAGAAUAGAAGGCCAAAAAAUGAGUGAAGAGGCUUUUUCAGGUACUUUGUCCAGGGCGAGAGAUCAUAGGGAUAAUAAAGUUGGCACACAUUUGAAAUUGUAUUUUUAGCAUCACAUGAGGCCCUGUAUGGAACCAUUGGGAAAAUGGUCAGUGUGUUUGUGUGGUCCAUGGAGGAGUUGGGACACACUUCUUUUCUGAGCGACUCUUCGCAGCAGUGUGUGGGAAGCCUGCUCCUCCACUCAGUCUGGAGGAGGUGAGCCAUACUACUCUGAGAGUUUUAUGUCCUCCCUAACAGCAAAAGGAAAUAAUAGAUCAUGCUUUUUUUACAUUUUAGCAGACGCUCUUAUCCGGAGUGACUUACAGUUUAGUGAGUGCAUACAUUUUCAUACUUUUUCAUACUGGCCCCCCGUGGGAAUCGAACCCACAACCCUGGCGUUGCAAGCACCAUGCUCUACCAACUGAGCUACACGGGGCCUUACAUGUAUGGUUUCUUUUUCUGUGUUUAAAAUUCUCUACAUUUUUAUUCUAGAUCAAAAAAGCAGAGGACCUAUCAGAGGUGAAUAACAAAUUGGAGGAAUCGGUAGAAUGGCUGAGCCUACUGAGGCUGAAAAGGAUUGUUGCCAAGACAAUGGAGGACAUGUGGUUGAGUUGGAUGGUGUAGUUGAAUUGGUAGCUCAACAAUUUGUCCAAGGGAGCACGCAGGUGACCUUGGAGUAGUAAGUCAACUCUGUUAUAAAUCUAUGUGAAGUACAUGUCAUUACAUCUAACAAAUAUUUUUCAAUCGGUCCACCCCCCCUAAAUCAAUACACAACACUUAAUAUGUUUUAUUUAUAAACACAUACUGUCUCUAAACCAUAACAGGUCAAAUAUGGUCUCAACUCUUUUGGGCUGCUGGAGGCAUUGGGGAAGCACCCAGACAGCUUCCGAGCACUUUUUGUGGAAAUCAUAAAGCCUCCCACUGCCAGGGACCUGAGGAACCUGUUUAUUGUCACCUAUUCCAUUCCAGGCGGCAACCGGCGGUGGUUGGAGAAUGACACCAUCUGCCACUGGUUCAACUGGCUGGCCGAGGUACAAGGUAAGAUAGUAGUUCAGUUGUUAAAGUUUAUCGGUAACUGCAUUCCAUUUGUGAUUUGAAUGUGUAUUUUAAAUGUUUUACUGUGUACUCCUCAGAUGGAGAAUGUCCUUCUUUAACAGUGGCGAUGGUGUUGGAGUUUGCUACCGGGGCGACGGUGGUGCCACCCCUUGGGUUUGAGUAA